CUGCUUUGGUCGCUGGAAGCACCCAACAGUGCACAACAGCGCACCACAAAGCAGCACAGCACAGCACAGCACAGCACAGCGCGUGACAGCCUAGCACAGCGCCCCACACGCGCAGACCCGGUGCUUUGUUGUCAGCGCGGUGCGCCCGAUAUGGGGACCGGCGACGACCAGUUGGAAGCAACAGUGCUGUCGGUCGCGUUGGCGGCUUUGCACCAGAUCCAAGGGGAGGAUGGUUGCCGGCGCACAGCACGCUCGGUAUCCUAUUGGGAUGCUGUGCUGUUCGACGAGGAUUCGGAGGACGAGGAGGAAGUCGUCGGCCCGAAGGCUAAGAGGACGCGACGCGUCACGCAGCGGAGGGAUUGGCGUACCUCUGCCUGGUGGGAGCAGCUUCAGCAUGUCGACCUCGCCGACCACACUACGGCCGCUGCAACAGUGUUUCGAGGGCGCUUUCGUGUACCUUACCCCUUUUUUCAAAACCUGGUCAAGCUGUCAAGGGCGAAGCGGUGGUUUUCGCCGGGGGAGAAGGAUACAGCUAACCGCGAAGGAAUACCACUCGAACUGAAGUUACGCACGUCUACCCCUGUCGAAGAUGAGCAAGUCGAUGGCACAAGCAACCACAAGUUCUGCCGUCACUUUGCGGCGGAGAUGUUCGAUGAGCACAUCUACCUCCUGACCGGGACGUACCUGGACGAAGUUAUGGGGAUCUUUCACCAACUAGGGUGUACGGGAGCGUGUGGGUCCACGAAUGUCACCCACAUUGGCUGGAACAUGUGCCCCUUCACCCUUGGCCGUUCUUUCACGGGCAAGGAGGGGUUUCCAACCAUUGCCUGCGAGGUUACGGUCGACCACGCUGGACGCGCUUUAGCCGUUACCAACGGCUUCACNCACAAGUUCUGCCGUCACUUUGCGGCGGAGAUGUUCGAUGAGCACAUCUACCUCCUGACCGGGACGUACCUGGACGAAGUUAUGGGGAUCUUUCACCAACUAGGGUGUACGGGAGCGUGUGGGUCCACGAAUGUCACCCACAUUGGCUGGAACAUGUGCCCCUUCACCCUUGGCCGUUCUUUCACGGGCAAGGAGGGGUUUCCAACCAUUGCCUGCGAGGUUACGGUCGACCACGCUGGACGCGCUUUAGCCGUUACCAACGGCUUCACCGGUGCGACGAAUGACAAGACGAUCAUCCGGUACGACUCGGGAGUCAACAAGAUCAGAACAGAAAGCCAGUACACGGAACGGGAGUACAAACUUCGCAAGGCGAACGGCACCGAGCGAACGCGCCGCGGAUGCUUCUUGAUCGUGGACAACGGGAUGUCCGUCCCCAAGGACUUGUGUGUAGUCCACCACAAGAAUAUCGUGGCAAAGCUCCCUUCGAGCGAGAGGGUGCUGAUUUGGUGGGUAACCCUCAUCGCCCCGUCCAAGUACCCGCAGAGCAACGAGGAUACAGCAUUCUCGAGGCAUCUUGAGAGUGUGCGAAAAGAUGUGGAGUGCUUCUUUGGGAUUCUGAAGGGCCGCUUCAGAAUCCUCAAGCUCCGCAUGCCAUACCAUAAACGAGAAUACAUCGACAACAUAUUCUUCACAUGCUGCAUCCUGCACAACAUGCUCCACACGGGGGGCANAUUCUCGAGGCAUCUUGAGAGUGUGCGAAAAGAUGUGGAGUGCUUCUUUGGGAUUCUGAAGGGCCGCUUCAGAAUCCUCAAGCUCCGCAUGCCAUACCAUAAACGAGAAUACAUCGACAACAUAUUCUUCACAUGCUGCAUCCUGCACAACAUGCUCCACACGUUCGACGGCCUGGACGUAUUCGAGGAAAACACGGACUGGACAGGGAGCGCUGGGCACCACGACGCCUGGGAGCAUGACCCGCUCACCGACUACACUUCUGUUGGGUCGAAGGGAGUGCUGCUGCCACCGAAGGAGGGGGAGGAGGAAGAGUGUGGGGAGGGGGGGCACGUGAGAAAGGAGCGGCACCCGUACCAUGCAGAGUCGAAGAGACACCUAAUCGAGAGUUUUGCUUUUCGUAAGAAGAUCAACGACAUCAUCUGGUUGUCGCGUCCCAAGUAA